AUGACAUUCAUGAUGAAAAGGUCAUUGAAUCCAGAGGAUCUAGCUCAGAUUGUAGAACUAAAAUUAAUAUUGGAUAAUGACUGCCGUGUUUCUCUUAUGAAGCAACGGAUGAAAAAGCAUAUGUUUGUGAGUAAUCGGACUAGGGAGCCUACAUGGCUACUAAAUUCAGAACAUCGAUUAAUCAAAUGUUACAUCGAUUGUGGAUCGAAAG